AUGGACGGGGAGCUCUACACAUGGGGAAGCAACCGCGACGGCUGCCUCGGUCUGCCUCGCUCGACAAAGUUUGCCAACUUUCCUCAGUUGGUGACCUGCCUGUACGUGAGCCCCACGAACCUGGCGAUAGGCCGUCCCUCCCGCCAGAGCAGCGUGUAUGACGGCCUGAGCGCGGCAAUGGCGGUCGACGGGGAGCGGUCCGGAGACCACUACCGCAAGUGCUCCUGCACGCAGCAGGACCCCCAGGGGUGGUGGGAGGUGGACCUGGGGCAGCUGGUGCACGUGCAUCAAGUGAAGGAUGACCCUCCCUUCGACUCGAUCAAUCCGAACAGCAGAUCUGACGCCUCCUUACAUCUGCGAUGCCCGUACCUAUGUACCAAGAUCUGGAACAGGUGCGACGAGCCCAAGGAUCCGUCGAUGGAGCGCAACUUUUACGCGAAGAGACUCUUUCCGUGCUGGGUGAUGGCCUCCCAGGAGCCUUUCAAGGAUGACGUUGGCGGGGCGGCUCUGCUGGACGCCAUGAACACGGCCGUCGCUCGUGCCCACUUCAAGGAGGUGGAAGUCUUCGGCACGACGGGAGCAAGGCGGUCCCCCGGAAAGGUGACGCACUGCUGCGCCGGCAAGUACGUGACCACCGCCGUCAUGGCAGCGAUGCAGGACCCGGCCGACGUGGAGACGGUGUACAAGAGAGCCGUGCAGGCAGACGCCUUCAACGCGGAGGUGCUAAGGGAGUUCGAGACCUUCUUCGCCGCGUACGACCAGUGGGGUAGGGGGGAUGCCAUCAAGGGAAGGAGAAGAAUGGCGAGAAAAAUUUGA